CUUUCUGUGUAAAUUCUUUUAUGUUCAUGCCUCAUAAGUUCUUUUCAAACUUUGUUUCAGAUCAAGGAGGAAAUCGAAAGAUGUAUUAAAAAAUAUAUGAAUUUGGAACAAACCAUUACGUAUCUAGGUGAAAAGCACCAUAUUCAUCAUGUGAUCACUAUCGCAAUUUGGGAACGUCUUCAAGAAGGUAAUCCAGAUUUCUUCGAAGAAUACUACAAAAGAUGCGAAGUAGCUCGUCAAAUAGCUACCUUCAACGACUUGCUUGCUCAACAAGUAGACCUAAUGCACCAACUUAGUAAUGUUGCACCAGUAACACAGCUUCAGCAACCUAUUGAUCAACUUGAUCAUCAUAAUCAAGUAAAUCAUCACCAUCAAGAUCAUAUUUAUGAUCAGUGGAUUGCAUCUAAUGAUUUUGCUUAUAUAGAGAACUCAAUCUCUUCUUUCAUUGACCGGUCAUGGAUUGCUGCACCACAACAAUCAGAUCUUUUUAAUUACGGUACUGAUUUUCAAGAUAUGAUGAGGAUAGAGCAAUUCACUAGAGAUUUAGAUCAAGAACAACAAAUAUUGCAACUAAAAUCUCAGCAACCACAACAUCUAACAGAUCAACAAGUAGAAUAUUGUCCUCAGAAACAUUACUAUACGACAUUACCUGUGCAACAAGUGCCUCCUCCUCAAUCUCAGGCUUCUUCUAACAGUCUUGAUUUUGGUAAACUAGCUUAAAAAACUUUUCACGCACACAUGCACACUACUAAAUAUGGUUUCUUUGUUUUUUUCUCUUGAAGUAGGUGAUGGAUUCACCAACACCAACGGCUCAAAAGCAACAACACAGAGUGAAGCAACAAAAGAAAUUCGCAAAAACAAUCAGUAAUGCAUAUUUUAGAACUUUUCUUGUUUCCUUUUUCUUCUUUUGCUCAGUUCCUUUACUUCAGAACACUUGUUUGAAAUAAACGGAGCUGACAAUAAAGUGUCGAUUUCAUGCAAUAUCAAAGAUCCUGUUCACUUACUCUCUGUAAAUAUAUCAG